CCCCCGUAUGAAUACCGGCUUGAGCCGGUAAAGGACUGCAGUGCCAACACAGGCGGAGCAAGACUCACAGGAGAUAGAUGCGGCUGUAGAGCGAAAAUAAACCAAAACAAUACCAGCUUUUCUAUUUGCCUUAAAUUAUUACUUGCUUAAAUAGGUAGCAACGUGACAAUGAAAUGACGACAAGAUAGGAAACGCGGCCUUAUUUCACCAGAAGGCUGCUUUUCUAACUUCUCUUGUCACCUGUCGGUGGCGUGCUGUUGCCAUGAGGGGGCCCUAUUUCCAGCGCUGUUUGGCUGCAAAUGUUUACCCAGAGGUACCUGAUGGCGGCUGGGGCUGGGCUGUGGCCCUGGCCUUCUUCCUGGUGGAGGUCUGCACCUAUGGGGCCCUGAAGAGCCUGGGUGUCUUCCUCCAGGAUCUGAUGGAGGAGUUUGGAGAGAGCAACAGCCGGGUGUCAUGGGUCAUCUCCAUCUGUGUCUUUAUCUUCACCUUCACUGCCCCCCUCGCCACGAUACUAAGCAACCGCUUUGGCCACCGCUCAGUGGUGAUGGUGGGAGGCCUGCUCAUCAGCCUGGGCACCAUCAGCUCCGCCUUCACCAGGUCCAUCAACCAGAUGUAUGUCACCAUUGGAGUUAUCUCAGGCCUCGGCUACUGCUUCACCUUCCUCCCAACCGUCACCAUCCUCGCCCAGUACUUCUCCACACGGCGAGCCCUCGUCACCUCUGUCGCUUCCUCCGGAGAACCUUUCGCUAUAUUCGCCUUUGCUCCAGCUCUGACCACACUGAAGGAACACAUUGGCUGGCGCUACUGUCUGGUUGUCCUGGGAACCUUUCAGGCUUGUGUGAUUGGCUGUGGGCUUCUCCUUCGUCCAAUCAUUAUUGACCCGGAGCCUGUAGAGGAGCACCAUGAGUCAGACAAAGAGCAGCAGACUGUUUAUAAGCUGGAGAAUGAGCAGACCAGGACCUCCAUCAGUUCAGGGGGGUCCCAGGGUUCAGAGGACUCCGGGGUCACCUCCCUCUCUGCCUCCAGCUCAGACCUGAGGACUGCAGGAGCUGAGAGGCAGGCUCUGGUGGAGUGGGAGGUGAAGGACAAUGAGGACAAAGAGUCUUCAAUGUCCACACCAACCAUCCAAGUGAAGGAGAAGGAUGAGGGGGUGCUGGCAGAGCUGGAGGCGGGUCCUCUACAGCGUCCCAGCCCUAGACUCCUGGACUUCUCUGUGCUCAGAGACACCACCUUCAUCUGGUACUCCCUCUUUGGGAUGUUCGCCACGCUGGGCUUCUUCGCCCCGCAGCUCUACGUCAUCGAGCUGAGCAAGAGCCGGGGGGUGGAGCCCGGCCUGGCGUCCUACAUGCUCUCUGUGAUGGCUGUGGCUGAGAUCCUGGGCCGGCUGUCCAUCGGGGUGCUGCUGAGCAGGGUGCGCUGCAGGAAGACGCUGCUGCUGCUGGGCUGCGUGCUGCUGCUGAGCCUGGUGCUGCUGGCCUUCGCUGUGGUCUGGGAGUUCUGGGGUCUGGUGGUGUGCUGCGCCCUCUACGGCUACUUCGUGGGCACCGUCGGCUCCAUUCACAUCCCCAUGCUGGCUGAGGAGGAAGUGGUUGGUAUCGAGAAGAUGGCGUCCUCUGUGGGGGUGUACCUCUUCAUCCAAAGCUUUGCUGGGCUGGCAGGGCCGCCACUAGGAGGAGUGCUGGUGGACGUCACUCAGAACUACGGGGCUGCCUUCCUCUCCUCUGCUGUGGGCAUGGCUCUCAGCGGCGUCUGCCUGGCCAUGGUCGGCCCCGCCAAGGCCGGCAUGUGCCAGAGACAGAGGCCCAACAGAGAGGAAGAUAAGUGCACAGAGGAAGAGGACAAAAUGUCGCAGGACAGUGGCCAGCCAGACUUUUUGGACGUGGACUUGGCCCCUGAGGACAGUUCACUCAGACAGGCUGUGGAUCAGAACAACAAGUCUGUAAUGUGAACAGCACGACAUCAGAGACGCUCACAUUCUGAAAAGCUUGAAGUCCCCUCUUUAGGAGAAGUCUCUCCUCUGAGGCCAAAGGCAUUUCCCCCUAAAACUGUAGAACCACGACGAACACUGGCAGCCACCAAGGAUGGUUUAAGGAAUGCAGAAAUCCACAAUCACAACUAUUUCUAGUGUCUCCGUACCAAACCCACUCACGUCCUGCCUGUGUGAGCAGUCUGCGCAGAGGACCUUUUCUUAAUGCGUUUUACUUUGAUUCAAACAGUUUAUAAUGAUAUUAUGAUGAUCAUUUGUUUUUUAUUGAAUUGAAGGCCACUCCUGCCUGUUAAGUGCUGGGCUGCUUUCAUGAUGUAUUUUAAAUAAAAUAUGGCUUUAGUGGGG